CAGCUCGGGACACGCCAUAAAUACAGCUUUGUGCUGACUUUUCGGCCUUCGCAAUCAGUCCCAUCGCCGUGUGGAGGAUUUUAGAGGCCAUCUGUCACUUGUGUUGCCAUCGCUGUUUGAACAAGCUUCCAAGAUGACUCAUCAGUUCCCAUCCUUGUCUCCAGAGCAGAAGAAGGAGCUCUCUGACAUCGCUCAGAGGAUCGUGGCUCCAGGGAAGGGAAUCCUGGCUGCAGAUGAAUCUACUGGAACCAUGGGAAAGCGUCUCCAGAAUAUCAAAGUGGAGAACACAGAGGAGAACCGUCGUAGCUUCCGGGAAAUCCUCUUCGGUUCUGAUCCCUCCAUCGCUAACUGCGUGGGUGGGAUCAUCUUCUUUCACGAGACACUCUACCAGAAAUCAGACAGCGGCAAGCUCUUCCCCCAGGUCAUCAAGGACAAGGGAAUUGUUGUCGGCAUCAAGGUGGACAAAGGCACAGCUGGCCUGAAUGGAACAGAUGGAGAGACAACCACACAGGGUCUUGAUGGCCUGUCAGAGCGUUGUGCUCAGUACAAGAAGGACGGCUGUGACUUUGCCAAGUGGAGGUGUGUGCUGAAGAUCUCAGAUGGUUGCCCAUCUGCUAUCGGCAUUGCAGAGAACGCAAAUGUUCUGGCCAGAUACGCCAGUAUCUGCCAACAGAAUGGACUGGUGCCCAUUGUGGAGCCAGAGAUCCUCCCUGAUGGCGAGCAUGACUUGCUGCGCUGUCAGUAUGUCACAGAAAAGGUUCUAGCUGCUGUGUACAAGGCUCUGUCUGACCACCACGUGUACCUGGAGGGCACUCUGCUCAAACCCAACAUGGUCAUGGCUGGACACUCCUGCACUAAGAAGUUCACCCCUCAGGAGGUUGCCAUGGCUACAGUGACCGCUCUGAGGCGCACUGUUCCUGCUGCUGUUCCAGGCAUUUGCUUCCUGUCUGGUGGUCAGAGCGAGGAGGAGGCCUCCGUCAACCUGAACGCAAUCAACCAGGUGCCCCUCCAUCGCCCCUGGAAGCUGACCUUUUCUUAUGGCCGUGCACUUCAGGCCUCUGCUCUUGCAGCCUGGCAGGGCAAAGCUGCCAACAAGGAAGCCUCACGGGAAGUUUUCUGCAACAGGGCCAAGAUCAAUGGUCUGGCCUCCAAAGGAGAAUACAAGCCCACCGGCUCAGCUGACCAGGCCUCCAUGCAGACAUUGUACACCCCUAGCUACGUCUAUUAAAUAAUGUGAACAUAAACGAUGCACAAGGACCAAAUGGGACCAAAAGAAAUGCCUCUGCUGGAUUUUCCUCCCCAUGCUGCCAACACCAGGGGAAGACUUUUGUUGAAAUGUUGAACUACUGUUUGUCUACUCAGUCAAAUGACUGGAAAUAAAUUAAGAGACCAAAAUUGUA